GAGGGGGCGGGACGUCAGCGCCAGGUGGCCGGGCGCGUUCGCCCGUCCCAGCCGUCCCUGCGCUGCUGCUUGCCCCGACCCUAGGCUACCUGGGGGCUUUGGCCGCGACGGUGUCGGUGGGGAGCCCUCGGAGCGGCCGUGAUGGCCAGCACCAGGAGUAUUGAGCUGGAGCACUUUGAGGAACGGGACAAAAGGCCGCGGCCGGGGUCGCGGAGAGGGGCGCCCAGCUCCUCCGGGGGCAGCAGCAGCUCCGGCCCCAAAGGGAACGGCCUCAUCCCCAGCCCGGCGCACAGUGCCCACUGCAGCUUCUAUCGCACGCGCACCCUGCAGGCCCUGAGCUCGGAGAAGAAGGCCAAGAAGGCGCGCUUCUACCGGAAUGGGGACCGCUACUUCAAGGGCCUGGUGUUUGCCAUCUCCAGCGACCGCUUCCGGUCCUUCGAUGCGCUGCUCAUGGAGCUCACCCGCUCCUUGUCGGACAACGUGAACCUGCCCCAGGGCGUCCGCACCAUCUACACUGUCGACGGCAGCCGGAAGGUCACCAGCCUGGACGAGCUGCUGGAAGGUGAGAGUUACGUGUGUGCGUCCAACGAACCAUUUCGUAAAGUUGAUUACACCAAAAAUAUUAAUCCGAACUGGUCUGUGAACAUCAAGGGUGGGACAGCGCGAGCCUUGGCUGCUCCCUCCUCGGUGAAAAGUGAGAUGAAGGAAAGUAAAGAUUUCAUCAAACCCAAAUUAGUGACUGUCAUUCGAAGUGGAGUGAAGCCUAGAAAAGCCGUGCGGAUCCUUCUAAAUAAGAAGACUGCUCAUUCCUUUGAGCAGGUCUUAACAGAUAUCACUGAAGCCAUUAAACUAGACUCAGGAGUGGUCAAGAGACUCUGCACACUGGACGGAAAGCAGGUCACUUGUCUACAAGACUUUUUUGGUGAUGAUGAUGUUUUUAUUGCUUGUGGACCUGAAAAAUUCCGUUAUGCUCAAGAUGAUUUUGUCCUGGAUCACAGUGAGUGCCGAGUCUUGAAGUCAUCUUAUUCUCGCUCCUCAGCUGUGAAGUAUUCUGGAUCCAAAAGCCCUGGGCCCUCUCGACGCAGCAAAUCACCAGCUUCAGUAAAGAGGGGUGGCCACUACUCCAGUGCCUACUCUACAGCCAAAUCCCCAGUUAAUGGAACUCCCAGCAGCCAGCUUUCCACUCCUAAAUCUACAAAAUCCUCCAGCUCCUCUCCAACCAGUCCCGGAAGUUUCAGAGGAUUAAAGCAGAUUUCUGCACAUGGCAGAUCUUCUUCCAAUGUAAAUGGUGGACCUGAACUUGAUCGUUGCAUGAGUCCUGAAGGUGUAAAUGGGAACAGGUGCUCUGAAUCAUCAACUCUUCUUGAGAAAUACAGAAUUGGGAAGGUUAUUGGUGAUGGCAAUUUUGCAGUAGUCAAAGAGUGUAUGGACAGGUCCACUGGAAAAGAAUUUGCCCUGAAGAUUAUAGACAAAGCAAAAUGUUGCGGAAAGGAACAUCUGAUCGAGAACGAAGUGUCAAUACUGCGCCGAGUGAAACAUCCAAACAUCAUCAUGCUGGUCGAGGAGAUGGAGACAGCUGCUGAGCUCUUUCUGGUGAUGGAAUUGGUCAAAGGUGGAGACCUCUUUGAUGCAAUUACCUCUUCAACCAAGUACACUGAGAGAGACGGCAGCGCCAUGGUGUUCAAUCUGGCCAGUGCCCUCAGGUAUCUCCACGGCCUCAGCAUCGUGCACAGAGACAUCAAGCCAGAGAACCUACUGGUGUGUGAAUACCCCGAUGGGACCAAGUCUUUGAAGCUGGGAGACUUUGGGCUGGCCACUGUGGUAGAGGGCCCUUUGUAUACAGUCUGUGGCACCCCCACUUAUGUGGCUCCAGAAAUCAUUGCAGAAACAGGCUAUGGUCUGAAGGUGGACAUUUGGGCAGCAGGAGUGAUCACGUACAUACUUCUCUGUGGAUUCCCACCAUUCCGAAGCGAGAAUAAUCUCCAGGAAGAUCUCUUCGACCAGAUAUUGGCCGGAAAGCUGGAGUUUCCAGCUCCCUACUGGGAUAACAUCACUGACUCGGCAAAGGAAUUAAUCAGCCAAAUGCUUCAGGUAAACGUUGAAGCCCGGUAUACUGCAGGACAAAUCCUGACUCACCCCUGGGUGUCAGAUGAUGCCUCCCAGGAGAAUAAUAUGCAAGCUGAAGUAACAGGUAAACUAAAACAGCACUUUAAUAAUGCGCUCCCCAAACAGAACAGCACCACCACCGGGGUCUCUGUGAUCAUGAACACGGCUCUAGAUAAGGAGGGGCAGAUCUUCUGCGGCAAGCACGGCCCGGACGGCGGCUGGCCGGGGACGGAGCCCGCCUCCCCGCCGCCUCCCCCGGCCCCCGCCCCCGCCCCCCCGGAGUGCGCCGCGGGCCGCGAGCGGGCCGGGCCCUGGCGCCGCCACCGUGACUGAGCUGCGGCCGGGCCGGGCCGCUGCACCCCUCGCCGAAGAGCCCCCGCGGCCGCCCUCCGGAGGCUGGGCCUCGCGUCCCGCCCGGGCGCCGCCCCUGGACCUGGGGCGGCCUGUCGGUGUCGGGGGCGGACGCUCGGGGUGGCUCGUUUUAAAUUAUUUGUAUUUUCAACUCAAUGGACAUUUUACGGUGUUAUCAGGAGAACGGGCAACUUUUAUCCAGCAUUUAAUGAAUUUUUAUAGAAAUGCUUUGGAUGAACCGAGACCUGUCCUUUCUUCAAGGAGACCUGGAGUGCUCCACCUUUUCUUACGGAGAACUCAGCGCCGCCCCUGCCCCUUUGGGUGUCCUGCGAGACGGGGCGUGGCGCCAACCUGCUGACCGGGCCCGGGGCUGCCCUGCGCCGGAGGAAGCGAGCUGAGUGGACGGCCUGGCCACAGGCGCUACUCCGGACUCCGCCGAGUGCUUUCGGGGCCCGAGGAAGCAGCCCCCGUACAGCUGGGGUUGCGGCUCGCGUAGGACAACACUGGGUAUUUAUUUGUGCACAGACCACAGGGCAAGGUCCCUUUCUUCCUUAGAUACUGUGUUUCCCCCCCAGCUCUUCCCACGUACUUGUUAGGAAUUGCUAAUCAAGCGGUCCCUUGGGCUUCUGAACGAAGGCCCGGUGCGUGCUGUGCCGCCUGGCAGCAGGGGGCCCUUCUCGGCAAGCCCACCCACAGAGCAGGGCGACCGGACCCCUGGCGUCACCGCCAGGACCGGGACAGGAAGGUGCCCCAGACCCCCUCUGUUCCUAACCUUCUGGAAGGCUGCUGGCAGUUUUUCCUUUUUCCCACCACCCUGCUCUUUUUAAGAAUUGUACAUAAUCAGUGUAUUUGUUUCACCUGCUCGUCUUCUAACCUGGUGGGCCCUGCAGUUCACUCUCACUGUUAGACUUUUGCCUUCUACACGUGUACCCAACCUGCAAUAAACUCCUCCUUGAGCGAAAGUAAUCCGGGGCGGGCAGAGGUUUCUGUCCUGGUGUUUUGCGAAAGGAAGCAUGGUUAACGCGCAACCCCCGCAGCCCAGGUUCCGGCAGGUGCCAGUGUCAGUCUAUGUGACGUCACGGGGUCGAAGGGGGAAGAGAAGAGGGAACAGUGCUGGGGAAGAACACAGGGAGCUGUGUUCUCGUCACAGUUCAUUUGAUUACAGGUGCAGAAGCUCAUGCCGCCAAGGCUCAAAAAUCGUAGGGUGUGUCAGUGUGUAACAGAGGGGUCUUAACCAACGGCAAGGCCAGGCUCUAUGUGGAAUCUCUCAGAGACUGCAGUACAUGCUUGCCCAUGGCUCUGGCUCAGCCGUAACUGUUUCUGUCUCCAGUGCCUCAAGGCUGUACAACUACAGGCCCGGAACCAUCUGCUUCAGCUCUGGAUCUCUUAGUUCAAAUUGCUGAAGGAGUGAGACCAUCUGACUGGUCCCAGCUACGCAGUGGUUUCUCUUUGGGCUGGUGCUGACCCAGGAUCCAAUCCAGAGGCUGGUUACAAAAUGCACAUGGGCUUCCUGGGCCCAGGUACAGGCUUUAGGAGGAAGGCGGUUUCAAAAAAGCUGUAAUGUACAGGCAGGGGAUCAGUGCCAAAAGAAACUGACCUCUGAAUGGGAUAGAAAAAGGGAGGUGCUGACCUGCCAAAGUGUUCAUCAUAGGGUGUCUGCUGGGUGCAGAAGUUGGUCCAAGAGUCAGGGUGUGUAGCUAUCUUCAAAAAGGUUGCUGUGGCAUGAAAUAUAUGGACUAUUUGGAGCGAGAGCAUUUGACAAAACUUCCCUAGAAUGUUUUAAUGGAUCAAAUUGUGAAAUGUGGAUUAGGAGAUAAGUGAGGACAGUUCAGCACAGAUUAACUACCUGGAAAGAGUGUGGACGAAUGGUGUUGUCUUAGAGAGAGAGUUCUAGGUUUGCUGACCUGUAGAAACAUAAUGUAAGCCACAUAAAUUAACAUUGUCUGGUCCCACACUAAAAAAGAAAAGGAAUAGGAGAAGUUAAUUUUAAUAGUAUGUUUUAUUUAACCCAAUAUAUCUAAACAUAUCCAAAGUAUCAUUUUAACAUGUAAUCAGUAUAAAAAAAUUCAUUGGGAUAUUUUACAUGCUGUCUUUGAAAUUGGGAAUGUAUUGACCUUUACAGCACAUCGCACUUUGGGCGAGGGGCCGUGCAAACAUUUAGUAGCCCUGUGUGGCUACGCUUGCCGUGCUGGACUGUGUGAGCCCUGAAGAAGGGCCACUGUUCUCAGUGUUUCUUACUCUGUGUUUGUUUUGGUUUGUUGUGGGAUAUGAUGUGAAUGAUGAUGUAUUAAGAAUGCUUAUCCAUUGUAAAUGGGGUGGACUGAUUUAAAAGUAUCUCAGCAGGUUAGAAUGCUGAUACAGACCUGGGUGUGAAGUGUGAAGUCCUGUGACUCUGCAGCUGCCCAAGGCCUUGACGUCACUGCUUCGUGAGAAAGAGUGGAGAAUUCCAGUGGAAUUCCAGAGUUCCAGAGACAGAGAUCCCCAUCUCAUUAGGUGCCUGCUAAGCUGCUUUGGUGUCAGCAUCAUCUUAAACUGUGUCGUGACAAGUAUGUGCAGGCUGUGGGCAGUACUAGCCGAGCCCUGCAGUAUGGAGUUCUGUUUUGGGGCCUUGAGGUGUGGGGUGCAGAUAAAGCAGAGGACAAACAGUGGAGAAGGGGGCGUGAGGCCUGGCAGCCAAGGACUGGUGGAAAAAACGCUCAGGUGUUAGGGGAGAGCAGGGCACAUCUGCUGGAGGUCUGUGGCCGCGUGGACAGCUGUUCUGUGGCAGGCAGUGCAGACUUACUUGACUUGCUCUGGAUGGCGGCCCAAAGUCAGUAUGUAGGCACAAAGGGUCAGAUAUGAAUGCUCAGUUGGAGUAAGACUGAUCACAGAGCAGUCCUGUGACAGAAUUACUGCUUUCUAAAGGAGUGAUUACUGAGUUCUUGGAAAUGCCUAGAUACUGAAUAAUAAGAACCAGUUGAUGGAAGUUUUUCAUCCUGUCUCCAUUGAGCCACACCACAGCCCUGAGAACUGAAUGUUAAUAUCCCCAUCUGAUAAGUGGGUAAACUGAGAAGUGUCAAGAGCGCACCAAGUGGCUGGAGCGGGGACCUGCUUCUCCGGGCUCCCAGGGCUGCCCCCCAGGUGGUCAGAGAUGCUUUGCAGGGGACAUCAUGUCCUUAGGCAGUGGGGGAUUGGGUAGGGGUGAUAUCUGGCAAAAUGAUCAAACACCGAGGAGGCUAAGAGGUUACCAGAAGCAGGGGCAUGUGAGUUUUAUUAGGGGAGGGAAGAGAGUAGUUUCUCCGGAGGGCAGCUGAUGUGUGCAGCUUGCUCCAUCUUGGCCAGGUCUUGGACUUUAAGGGGUUUGAUCUGAUAGGACCUGCAGCCAAGAGCUCUGGCAGUUAGCUGUGGGGUGGUAUUGCGAGGGAAGGAAAGGGCAUAAUUGGCACAGAGACAGUCACUUGCCCCUGCCAUGCCUCUUCCAGACAUGAGCCCCUUUCAUUCAGGGCAGUGUGGCUGGGGCGGUUCCCUCCCGCUUGGGCCAAGCUGGGCGGGUGGCAAUGUUUGGGCACCUGUGUGCUGAGGCUCGGGUCGGGUCUGGGGAAUGUCUUUCAUGUUGUCCAAGUCUUAACUCUCCAGAGCAGCCAGCAGCUUCCUGUCAGUUUUGAGGAAAUAAGCCUGCCCAGCAACACCACAAUUUUGGUUUUGGCAAGGAAAAAUAUUCCUGAACUUGAGACAGAAAAAUAAUUCCCUUCAUGUUUCCUGCAUAUGCCUGCUGAGAUCUUGGAAUUCAUGCGAGCAUUUGUGGACUGCCGCCUCGCCGAGCCCGGGAGCUGCCUCAGGACGGGAGCUUGCCCCAAGGCCAAACGCCGUCCACUUCAUUAGAAAAAUGUGAGGUGCCCUGGUCGGAGCACUCUGCAUUUCUGGGUCACAGCGGGAGGGCUGGGGUUCAUGUGUCAGUGUUGAGCCGUGGCCUUGGGUUUCUAGUUAGUGAGCUUAGGACUUCGGGGCACCUGAGAAACGCAUCCUGGGCUCAACUUUUCACAUCUAUUUAAAAGAAGAAUCCCAAAGAUGUGUCUCCCACUCAUCUUAGAGGAAACAGAAGAGACAGAAUUUUAAAAACAUUUUUUUUAUUACUUCACUGAUUUACUAUUUUGUGGUCUUUUCUGCAGUUAGGAGGUCUGGAAACUUCCCCGCUUCCACUUUCUUGCUUCCCCUGCAGUGCAGUGAUAACCUGUGAUGGGCAUGGUAUUAAAUUAUUGCACUCCAUGCUACAAAAAUGGGAAGUAGCUAGGCUGGUUGCUCACUCAGUUGAUGUUGGAGCCCCCUUCCUUCCCUGUGGUGGGGCAGAAACAGCCAAGCAGAGGCACUGGUGUUAUUGGCUGAUUUGGGCAGGUUUUCAGAUUUAAGUGAUGCCCUCCUUGCUGUUUGUGAACAUGCUUGGGCCUGUUAUUAGGAGUCAUGUGAUGACGAGGCUCUGAGGCUGGCUCCUCCGCCAGGAUCUAGGACCAGGAACUGGCAACGCUUCUCCACCAAGCCCAGUGGUGGGUCCUUCCAACUGUUUAACUGAAGGCAGUUCUGCUUCUGGAUGCAGGACGCGUACCAUCGGUGUACUGUUCCUCAGCGGGGAUGGUGAGCAGGGCAGGACUGACGCCGUAAGAAGGACCAAACUGGGCCAUGAUUUGUAUGGCCAGGAACUUGGGAAAUCAUAUCCAGUAAAAACAUAUCAAAGGCACCUAGUGAAAAAUCUCUCCCUGAAAAUUCCAGUCUUGGUAGAUCUGAUGUUUGCUAUUUUAGUUCAUUUAUAUUUGCCACAAAGGGUGGAAAGUGGGUGUGCAGUCUGCAUCUGGGAUUCCUUGCAUUUCCUGUAACCUUGACUCAUGUGACCCCUGCCAUCUCCCUGGCCCUCUGACCGAGGUGGGUGGACAACAGCACAAGGUGUGUGCUUGGGCCCCUGGCCCUCCGGCUCAGAUCAGCUCUUGGAGUGGAAUGGAGAAGGGCAGCCCUGGGUUGUAAGCUACUGACAGUGUCCCACACGCGGUUCCCUGUGGUCCCCACGCAGGGUACUUACAAUCUUUUUGUCCUGUGUGAUGUUAUUUCAAGGGGAAAAAUCAUUCCUUUUUAUUGAAUUAACUUACUAGAACAUUUAUGUAAGGAUGUUUUGUGUACUGUGGGAGUGAGAUUCUCACCUGACAGUGAACUGUCUGCCAGCCCGUUUGAGUGCGUUUGUCAGGUUUUCAUGUUCUCUGUUCCCCGAGCCCUCUGGCUUUCUCCCAGGAUCUAGUAGGAUUUCAAAACUACAGACCCUCAAGGACUCAAUUGGUAUUUCAGUAAGAAUCAGUACUAUCAGGGAGGAAAAUGUUAAUUUCUGGAGCUAAUGUGCUUUAAAACCAGUGGUGACGACCAUGUAAACCGGUCACACCGGGCUUUCCGCCUCGUCUGCUCACCGGAUGCGCUGCCGUGUUUCUCACCUGUGGCAGGUCACCCAGUUUCAUGCCAAACCACCUCAGCUCUGACUUUUUUCUCCUAACUGGUUUACAUUUAUUUGAAAUAAUUUUUUUUUAAAAAAAAGGGAGUUAAAAUUGGGUAAAAUUUGUGAAUGUUGAGUAAAACGUACUACCGCACUACAGAGACUCUGUGUCAUUGUGAAGCCCUUGCCCUGGGGCCAGCUGUGUUUGUUUUAUGAUCCAAGUAAGUACUAAUACAUAAGUAUUAUGUUCCAGUUACUUUUCCACAGUUUUACAGUUAAAAAUAAUAAAGGCAGUAGAGGCCCUGAUUUGCUUCUCGGCUCCAGAGGAAGCUGCUUUAUUAACUUUGCUUUAGGCUUGUUAAAAUAGGUUAGUUGAGGUAUGAUAUGCCUGGCAUAUAAUUUAGAUAUUCCUAAUUUUCUUCUACCAUUUUUGGUAAGGUUUUUAAAGUAUAUCACAGGUUAAUACCAGUGAGGAUAUUUAGUUAAUUGACCAUAAAUAACUUGGAUAUUUGAUUCCAAAAUGUACUUUUUCCCCCUCCCUCCCACAUUUUACCAUCUUUUGUUUUCUUUAUUAAUGGUUUACAAAACAAUGGUGGAUCUUACAUGAAACAGCACAUGAAGUUUCUUGCGUGGUCAUUUGUUAGCUACAGAGCUAGUGUUCUCAUUUGCACAAGUCUCCUAAGAGGGAGCUAUCUGGCCAGAAAAGGCUCAUGUUCCUUGUUUUUAUUUUAAGGGAAUCUCUUUCUUAAUGGCUGUUGUUCAGAAUCUGAACCAGAGUUUUAAAAUUAGGACUGAAAAAGUAUUUCCAACAGUUUGGUUACAAAUGCCAUUUAUUCUUCUGUCAAACUGAGUUGUUCCUUUUUAAGUGAGUUGCAAGAGAAAUAGAAAUGGAAUGUCAGUUUCAACUCAAAGUUCAC